UCGAGCUGAGUGUAGGGAGAAAAUGCGUGUUUGAGAUGAUAAAAAUGGCAGUGCAACAGAUUGUUCUCAAAUUUGCCGCGGCCGCCUCUGUUUCAGGCGGCAGGACUUUGUUCACCAAUUUCUCCUCUAUCGAUUCAUCUCUUUCCUCAGUAAGGUUGGUCAAUGUGCCGGUGCAUCGGUUUGUCAGGAGCUUUGCUGCUUCCAGUUCGGAGAAGAUCAAAGUACCCAGAAAGAGAAGGAGACUGGAUGAAGUGUGUCUCGAGAGAUUUCAGCAAUACAGUCGAACAUUCAUACAGUCUUGGAUAAUUCAGGGUAAAGUAUUUGUUGAUGGGAAAGUGGUAAAUAAAUGUGGAGCGCAAAUUUCUGAUAAGUCUGUUGUGGAUAUCCAGGCUGAGGUUCCAAAAUAUGUAUGUAGAGCUGGUCAUAAGUUAGAGGCUGCAAUAGAACUACUAGAGAUUGAUGUUACUGGAAAAGUUGCCCUCGACUCAGGACUUUCUACUGGUGGAUUCACAGAUUGCUUGCUCCAAUACGGUGCUUCAUUUGUCUAUGGUGUUGAUGUAGGUUAUGGACAGGUAGCUGAAAAGAUACGCGUGCAUGAAUGUGUAAGUGUCAUUGAAAGAACAAACUUAAGAUAUCUCAAAGAACUGCCGCAGAAAGUUGAUAUAGUUACCUUGGACCUUUCUUUUAUUUCCAUAUUAACGGUCAUGCCUGCUGUUAUCAAUCUGAUGAAGAAUGAUGCAAUGUUAGUUACUCUAAUUAAACCUCAAUUUGAGGCACACAGAUCUCAAGUUGGAGGUGGAGGGAUUGUGAGGGAUCCAUUAGUCCAUCAGGAGGUUCUUGCUAAGAUAAUAAACGGUGUACAAGGUUUUGGAUUUCAAUGCCAAGGCUGGAUAGAUUCUCCUUUGAAGGGGGCUGAUGGUAACAAAGAGUUUUUGGCUUCCUUCAGCCGUAUGGAAGAUGCAGAUCCUCCUAAGGCAGAUCUUGCUCAAUUAUUCCGCUGCGUUGAAAGCCAACCAGCAAUGUGAUGGAUACUUGACAUACCCGCAGUGCUUGUUGCUACAAGAAAAGCUGCUUGUCUUAUGAUACGCAAGAUAGAUACCAACCAAUUGGAUUUCUUUUCUUGGAAUUUGUAGGCAUGAUGUAACUUAUUUAUGAGUAUGGUAGUUCAAGUACAUUGAUCUUGUUCCUAAUACUUAUAUAGUGGAGUAUAAUUUUGUACUUGUAUUCCACACAGUUCAUGUUACAAAGAUGAGUAUAUAGUUGAAUUCGAUUUUCUACUCA